UGAAAUAACAGUAAUUUCGAUCACUCCUUACGACGCCUCUGCUUUCUUGCAAACAUGUGAAACAAACGUUACUAUGACUACAGUAUCGACCGGCGGCUUUUCCGGCGCUUUCCCCUGAAAUAUUCGCGUGACGUUGACUGAAACGGACCACCGAAGAAGUCUAGACCACUGUUGCAAUUGUUGGACUAUUCGCCUCUGAGUUACGUUGCGCGUCAAAGUGUGUGAUUACACGACUUACUGAUAUGCUUGAAUUCCGUUAGUUUGAAUACAUAAUCGAUUAUUAUUGUGGUAAUAGAGUCGCGGAGGUGAUGGUCCAGCAAUCGUGGACAAUGAGUGCACAUGCGAAGCGAACCGAAACGGGUAGCCGGUAGCGCGCAAACGUCCAUUUUUAAAAACACUACGAAGUACUCAUUAGCCGGUGCACCGUGACUGAACUGCGCUUGGAAGAAACGCAAUGUGUGUGCAAUACGAGACGUUAGAAAGUGUAAUGUAUAGUGCUGUGCGAUGCUGUCAGUAAGCAAACCGACGUCGUUAGUCGAACAGAAGAAGCAACAGUGGGCGCGGGAAAAAGGUGUGUACCUUCUGCGUGUUGCGUGUAGUCCGUGAUCGUGUUAGUAGCAGGGUUCUAGGGACGCAAGCUGACGGACAAUAACUUGGCUUCAAAUAUUUUGUCCAAAAACCCUUUUUUGUUUCGUCGAGAAAUAAAUCACACUUCUGCACAUCUCGCAUACUUCCAAGGACAUUGAAAAUUUUAAAUUAGAAAAACGAGGAAAUGUCACAUCUUUACCUGCCCUGGGGCUCAGGUGAAAGAUAUACGAAUCGAUUGCAAGUCCGUAAUCAAUUCGCAAGCACAUUAGAAUUACACAAACAAUCUUCAUACGAAUAUCCUGAACCAGUUCAACGACAAAGAAGUCCAAGUCUACCUCCAAUACAUCACAUCGACGAUGAGAAAAAAUUGAAAGAUGAAAAAAAAAUAAACAUUCUUAAUCGCAACAUUCCGAGUGCUAAGAGAUUUUCGUUUUAUGACGAAGAUGGCGAAGGAGAUACUUCAGGAUAUGGGAGCGAAACUAUAAACCACAUGAAUAGGAAUAAUAACGAUGCGGUACAUGAUAUAAACCGAAAUCCUGUUGUAGCCUGGCAACAAACGAAUAACGACGACAGGAAGAAAACAUCAAGUACCGGACCAGGUACAAAUGAGACACCGUGGUCAGCUCGUAGUCCGAGGACUGCAGAAGAAGGCCGUCUGCGAUGGGGAGACCGCGGUGUCGCCACAGGACGACUUUGGGAACCAACUGCGCCAAACGCUCGGUUACCACAAAUGCCCAAUCAAAAGAAAGGAACUCCGUCAUGGGUCGAACGAGGUUUGAACAUGAUUGAAAAUUCGUCUGAAGUACUUAUUAUAGAUCAAAGAAGUUCAAGUAAUAGCACAGGACUUGACUGUGAUAGAUCAUCAUGUCAUGGCAGCGAUGAGGGAAGAACUUUUUUGAGAGGACAAAACGUUCCUUUAGAACCUGAAGUUAAAGCUCAGCGUGAAAGCAAACGCAUCAAAGCUUUAGAACUACAAACAGCUAUUUUGAACCAGUUAGAAGAAAGAGAAAAAUGUCGCCAAGAAGAAAAAGAGAGGAAACUUAAAGAAGAAAAAUUAGAGGAGUUGCGAAUGCUCAGGCAGCAAGAACAAGAUCGAAAUAGACUAGAGGAAGAAAAAAGGAGACACGAAGAAAAACAAUUAAUGGAGCAAAAAAAGCUUGAAGCUUUAAAGAAAGCUCUCGAUGACGCCGAAAAGAAGGCUAAGCAAGAAAAAGAAAAAAGGUUUACUAAUAUAAGGAAAACGUUUAGUAUAAAUGCCGAUAGUGAAAAAAAAGAUAACUGUAUAGAGGCAACAACUGCUGAAACACCAUCUCAAUGUACAGCUGAGCCAAUAAGCCCUUCUAGAACUAAUAGAACAUACGACGCGCAAUCAACCAAAAGCCCAAAAAGAGAUUGUGCUUCUCAUCAAGCCUCGGGAUUCAACUCUCCAAGGUCGGCUGCUCCAGGAAACUUCAACUUAUUCAUACAUAAUAUGCCUCCUCCUCUAGCUUUAUCCGAAAAUCAAUUCAAUAUAGUGCCGAUAGCCAUUAAUAGCUGUUCGGACCUAAUUGGAACACAAACAAAUGGUAUACAAUUAGCUGUUUUAGUGCCACACAACUUAGCUCAAAAUAUUUACGGUAUGCCAAUAACAAAUAUAAAUGAUUUAUCUGAGGCUCAUAAAGUCUUAACACCAAAUAAAUAUCGCUUAAUCAAAAAAGAUGCGUGCACCCAAACCGAAGCGAGUGUAUUUCGAUGUACAUCAGAGACGAUGGUGACACUGGAUGAUCUUGAAAGAAAUAUAGAUAAAGACUAUGCUAACAUUGACGAAAACGCACCACAAGACAGUCACCAAAGUACAUUGAAAAAAGAUCGAAGAUUUCGUUCAGAAGAAAGAUACAAAAAAGAAUUAGAUAGUCGCCCAAAGUGGGGCGUGAAUAGGCCCGCGGCUCAGUACAAAAAACAAAGCGAAAAGGAUCCAUUUUACAGCCAAAAGAGAAAGGUUCGCCAGAAAUACAGGCCUCAACUAAGGCAAUAUUUAUCACAAUCCAGUGAAGAUAGCCGUUCACCGAGUCCCCCAAACAGAUCUGAUAAAAACUUAAUCAAUAGUAACAAGCGAUUCUCUUUAAGUCAAUCAUACUGGAGAAACAAGAGAACACAAGAAUCAACAAAAAGCAACACGAUGGAGUCAAUGAGCAAUUUGCAAUUAGAAUACAAUCAAAUAGAUCAAAUAACUGCAAAUGAAUUAUCUGAGAGUAAAAAAUCUCCUAAAAUAUCACCAACAAAAAGAUUAACUUUAUCACAAAAAUUUAUAAAUGACAAGUAUGGUAAUAGAAAAUUGUGGGUUGAGGAUAUUGACGAUAGAAAUGCGAAGUCUAACCUAUUUAAUACCGAAAACAGAAAAAGAAUUAUAGACCAAAUAAAUAAUGCAAAACGACAUUUCUUAGAAAGGAACGAAGAACAAGAAAACUAUGUCGUAAAUGCAAAAUUUUAAAUCAUCGACUAAGUAUAAAAUAGCAUA